AGAAUUGCGGCAACUCUGCGCACCUGCCGAUAGGACUAUCGAUAACGCACUGGCCAAUCUGACAGCUGUUUUUUAAGGUUAUAUUUUGCAUCACAAUUGCAUCGAUUUGUGUUUUCGGUCGGACCAUUACAUAACUACUAGCCAUGUCUCAGCCUCCAGUCCGUGUCUCGCCGCUGAUCAAGCUCGGCAGAUGGUCCCUGCUGCUUGUGGGCGUUGCCUACGGAGCCGCCCACCAGAGCCGCCUGUCCAAGAAGGAGGAGAAGGUCCGCGCGAUUGAGGCACAGCAGAAGGUGGUCCGUGAUGCUAAGUUGGCCGAGGAGAAGAAGCGUAACGCUGAUGCCGAGGCCCGGGCACUGGCCGAGCUCUCCAAGCCCACACCCAAGCACUAGAGCACCUAUAUAGUUUGUUAAGUUCAACCCCACUCCAACCGCAACAACAACAACAACAGAAACUGCAGUCGAACAUCUAAAUUUCAUGGACAGGAGGAGCAGCAGCAGUGGCGACGAUCGUGGCCAACUAUCGUCUACAACUAUCGAUCGUUCUUGUGUGUUUUUCUCUCAUGUUUGUGCAAAAAAUGUACGCAAUUAAAUGAAUGAUUGGAAAACAAA